GGCGGCGGAGGCGGCGCCAAGAUGGGGUAAUCAGAACUCACUGUCAGGAAGUGGCUUUUACCUGAGAUCACCCAGAUGCUCCGGACAGGGCAGAGCAAAUACACCUGGAACUUGAAUUUUUGGACCUGCUUCCAGGACCCUGGGGACUUCCACUAGGAAGCCCUCAGUCACCAUCCAGGGGAUUUUUUUCACCACAAGGGUAAUUCCUACCCCAUCCCUGCUCUGACUCAGCUGUGACGUUGAACCACACGAGCCAAAGAGAAGAAGAUAAAGUCGUCAGAUGCUCCUGCUCACCAGAGAGAGAGAGGCCCAGGCCAGAACCCACCUCUCCUCUCAUCACAGACUCCACGGGACUGGCCCUCUGCCCUGGAGGAACUUAGACGGGUCCUCCAGCCAGCCUAGGACCCCAAGAUGGCCUCCAGCUCAGCCAGCAGCCCCCGCCCGGCCCCCGAUGAGAAUGAGUUUCCCUUUGGGUGCCCCCCCACCGUCUGCCAGGACCCAUCAGAGCCCAGGGCUCUCUGCUGCGCAGCCUGUCUCUCUGAGAACCUGAGGAACAGCGAAGACCGGAUCUGUCCCAAAUGCAGAGGGGAUGAUCACCAUUCUGUAAGUCCAGGAAGCCUUCGGACUCAGGACAAGGCUCACCCUGAGAUGGCCGAGACUGGAGUUGGGUGCUCUUUUGCAGGUGUUGGCUGCUCCUUCAUGGGAAGCCUGCAGUCUAUACAGGAGCAUGAGGUCACCUCCCAGGCCUCCCACCUGAACCUGCUGCUGGGGUUCAUGAAACAGUGGAAAGCCCGACUGGGCUCUGGCCCCGGGUCUGAGCCCAUGGCCCUAGAGCAGAAUCUGUCAGACCUGCAGCUGCAGGCGGCCGUGGAGGUGGCGGGGGACCUGGAGGUGGACUGCUACCGGGCACCCUGCUCCGAGAGCCAGGACGAACUGGCUCUACAGCACUUCAUGAAGGAGAAGCUCCUGGCCGAGCUGGAGGGAAAGCUGCAUGUGUUUGAGAACAUCGUUGCUGUCCUCAAUAAGGAGGUGGAGGCCUCCCACCUCGCCCUGGCCACCUCCAUCCACCAGAGCCAGCUGGACCGUGAGCGCAUCCUGAGCUUGGAGCAGAGGGUGGCAGAGUUGCAGCAGACCCUGGCCCAGAAAGACCAGGCCCUGGGCAAGCUGGAGCAGAGCCUGCGCCUCAUGGAGGAGGCCUCCUUUGACGGCACCUUCCUGUGGAAGAUCACCAAUGUCACCAGGCGGUGCCACGAGUCAGCCUGUGGCAGGACCGUCAGCCUUUUCUCCCCAGCUUUCUACACUGCUAAGUAUGGCUACAAGUUGUGUCUGCGGCUGUACCUGAAUGGGGAUGGCACUGGAAAGAGGACACACCUGUCACUCUUCAUCGUAAUCAUGAGAGGGGAGUACGAUGCCCUGCUGCCGUGGCCUUUCCGGAAUAAGGUCACCUUUAUGCUGCUUGACCAGAACAACCGGGAGCACGCCAUUGACGCCUUCCGGCCUGACCUGAGUUCAGCAUCCUUCCAGCGGCCCCAGAGUGAAACCAACGUGGCCAGCGGCUGCCCGCUCUUCUUCCCCCUCAGCAGGCUGCAGUCACCCAAGCACGCCUACGUGAAGGAUGACACCAUGUUCCUCAAGUGCAUCGUGGAGACCAGUGCUUAGGGUGGAUAGGGCUCCUGAGGAGGCACCAGCUCAGCCUGGGGGCUUAACAAGAUGACUGUGAUGUCCUGCCCUUGGUGCCCAAGACCCCAGGGUGCAAGAGCACAGGGUGGGCCAGGGCUAGCGUGACCUGAGCAGGACUGGCUGGUUGACCGUAGCCGGCUAUCAGCUUUGGAUGGCAGGACCUUGGGCCAGACCCACAAAGGCAAGACGUUUAAAAGGAGAUGGACAGAAUUGUUCCCCUCCUCACUGACCACACGACACUGGAAGGCC